GCAUACCUCUUGUCAAAAUCACAACCGAGACGUCAAACUCAUAUGUUUAUAAAUAAAUAUAAGGAUUUAAAAGAAACGCCACUAAAGAAGAAGAAGACUGAUUUAAAUAACAAUUUUAAAACUUAAGAAUGUCUAAUAUAAAUAUCAAUGUUGCCUUAACCAACAAAAAGAAAAAAAAGAAACGCAAAAGGAAGUUUCUUCUUCCACAGCCUAAUCCACAAAGUCUUGUAGUGGACACACCAAUGACAAGAAUCGCAGCUUUGUUCAAAUUACAGCAACAAUUAACUAAUAAAAACAAACACACUACUUACGAUAGGCCUCUUAUGUCAGGUCCUAGAUUCAGUCCGCAUAUGAAAUGGGUUAACAAAAAAUUUAUGAAUCCACAAGCACAGAUCCGCAAUUCAACACCACUAUCUGCUCAACAAAAUGAUAGUGAUACAUCAAACAGAAACGAAAAUGAAAAUCUUAAUGCAAGCACUUCUAAAAACGAAAUCUCACAAAAUACAACUGCUCAAAUAUCUAACCAACUGUCUGAGCCAGUUGCAUCUUCAAGCUUAAAUACUAGUGGACAGGAUUUUCCUGUAUAUGAUUCCAAAAUUACUAAUUUCAAUCAAAAUAUGCACACAAAUUAUAAAUUCCAUGAAUGUGAGGUAUAUGACAGUCCGUCGUUCAUUAACUUUGAAUCUGAGGAAGGGGUGACCGAUUUAAACGAUGAUGAUAUUUUCAACAAAAAUUUAUCGAAGGCUGGAGAUGAAAUAAAUAAAAAUCAACAAGAUAUAAACGCUGGUUUCAAAUUGAAAUUGCAAGACCAAUACCCAAAGAGAGCUGAAUCGAUAAAUCAAGAUACAAAAAUUAAACAGAUCAAUAUGAGUCAAACUGACAAAGAAAGUAAUGCUAUUAAGAAGGAAUUGCCACAGAACGAUUCCAACCAGGACAAUCUACCGCCGGUGACAUCUGAUUCAAAUAAGGUUGUGAGAGAGAGUAUUCAUGCAAAUAUUUGUGAACAAAGCAAACACAUCGAAACACCUCUAGCACAAAAUGCCCAAAACUUUUUUAUGCACAACACCGACUUAGGACCAAUGCAAUCUCAGGGAUAUGCAAGCAAUAAUCUGAAUUUAAAUCAAAAAAUAUUUGUUCAGACGGAUGAAUCAAACGUCUCACAGUUGUAUUCGCCAUCUGAUGUCUAUGAAGGACUCGCUAAGGAAGACUCCCCGGACAGUGAAAGCGUGACUCGUACUAGCGCCUUUCAAAGACUCGGUCCACCCGAAAAAAAACCCAGGCUUACUAUCAACGUCAGCGUCGACACAGAUCACUCUAUCCGAGAUGUAUCAGAUGGCUCGGGGAGGUAUAUACCAGCUCAUGAGAAACAAGAAUUACUGGAGAGCAAAGACGGUACUGUGCUAGCUUUCUUACCUACAUGGCCGUGGAAGAACAGCAUUGUGACCAGAAAAACGGUCUCUUACAGGAGUUCCAAGACUCUGAUGAUGAUGAACAAGGAAUAUAUGGAAGAGAAAUACGAAAAGGAUUCAGCUUUCUUCUUGAUAGCAGUAGAAGGCUAUCCGGAGCAAUGGACGAAGGAAGACGUUUUGGAUCUCGUCCUUGAUCACUUGAAAGGAAAACAUUUUGUUCCUUGCUUUAUAGAAUUCACUCCAAAGGAAUGCAAAUUCUUCGUCAUCAGGAGCAAAGGUGCUCUCCUGACCAUUCAUUCACUGGGUUUUGUUAUCCGCAGGGAUAAUAUUGAAGUAAGACUGUCGAUAGCACAAACUGUGCUCACCUUGAGACAGAUUGACUUCUUACCGAGAAUAGUUUUGAGAUCGAGACUAUGUAUGGGAUAUGACGGUGAGAGUAAGUUGGAUUUGAGCGAGUUUACCUUGAAAACAGAUAUAAGCCACUUUAUAUACUAUCCACUUCACCGUAACUUCAAUCAAACAGAAUUAAUACACUUGCCCAGUUCUGUGUCGUGGCAUACACUGACUGAACUUAUAUUGUCACAUAACAAAAUAACAUGCAUAGAAGGUUUUAAUCUAGAUAAAUCAACACCUAGGCUGAAUGCUUUAGAUCUUUCCCAUAACAAUAUUGAGAGUGUCCUGAGUUUGCUUCCAAUUAGACAGUUGCAUUUACUAAAGCUAUCUCUAGAAGGAAAUCCUCUUUGUUAUGAUUACAUAGAAUCAGAUCAUUAUGUCAAAGUGUUGAAGAGUAUAUUUUCCAGUUUGAGAGAAAUAGAUGGAAUUCAAAUAAUCCACGACUUUGUUCCAAAUACAAAACAGAAUUAUUGUCCAGAAGAUUGUAGGAAUAUUGUUGAGAAAUUUCUAGAAGUAUUUUUUCCUUUAUUGGAAUGUAGUCCUGAUGACAGAAGACCUAUGCAAUCUAUGUAUGCUGAUAACGCCGUUAUGACCGUUACUCACAGAGGACAGUUGCGCUACAACACAUCAAAUAAGCUGGCCUUGAACUUGCUUAUUAAAAAUAGAAAUAUUCUGACCAGUGACCUCGACUAUAUACAGGGUAGUUCUAAUAUUUUGAAAUUAUUGAAAAAAUGGCCGAAUAUACAGCACGACCCCUCCACGUUCACUGUUGACGUUGUUUAUUCUACAGAUACAUCCAUAACAUUCACGAUAAACGGCGUCUUCAAAGUAACGGCCGAGACACUGGCGGAAAACGAAAGUCUUUUAACGUUCGCACGUACAGUAACGUUGUAUUCCGCAAAUGGCUAUGAAUACAAAAUAACCAAUGAGAUGGUUCACAUCGACGAACCUUAUUAUGAAUGGGAAAAAAAAGCUUUUCAAAUUGUUUCGAUUCCAAAAAGGGCGUUGUGUUUUAAAUUUGAUUCCACCCCCGAUGAAAAUACAAAAACCCGCCUUAUUUACAUUUUAAUGAAAAUAACGAACGCGAAUGAAAAACAAUGUGAAAGCUACUUGGUGGACAGAAAUUGGAACUUCAAAGAGGCUUUGGAACUGUUUACACAAGCCAUAAAAGCAAAUAAUAUAGAAACAAUACAUUAAUUUAGAAGAAUAUUAAUUGAUUCAAGAUGUACUGAUUUCAGUGUAUAAAAAACAAAAUAACAACAACCUGAUUGUAUUCAAAACAAUGUGUUCAGGGAUCAAUAAAAAAUGAAUUCUUAAA